UGUGGUGUCCCUUGUUAACCUGAAUAGAUGAGGGGAAAAAAACUUACAUAGUCUUAGACUCAGCUCAAUGAAUACCUCCAAAGAAACAUCACCCAUUACGAGGCAACAGUAAAUAGGAUGUAAAUAAAUGACGUUUCAGAACAGUGUUGUUGUUGUUGAACGCAGCUCGUUUCCUGUUAUGAACCGUUUGGAAGCUAAUGUCAACACUCCACACGGUCCUCUUAAAGAUGACUUUCCAACCUGAAAGCUCGUAAGAUAAAGCGGUGUAUUCAUUAAUUUCAGUUUCUCGUGUUUCUCUAAAUAAAACUCGUUCGUGGAUGAGUACUAGCUCGUGCCAGCUGACGUUGCGCGCGGCGUAACCACAACAAAAACUUUACGUCAAAUUGAGCACGAGCCAGGCUGCUAUGGACGCAAUACAAGACUAAAAAUAUGACUGAACGCACGGAGUACUCUGGAUGUUUGCAAAAAAUGGAUGUUCGUGGCAUACAGAAAGAAGUCCUAACAAAAUCACCGGAUUCUCCCGAGUCGUAAAUCCCCUCAAAGCAUGGAGAGCAUCAGCAGAGACAUGGAUGUAUCUUCUGACUGUGGUCCAAAUGGAGAGAGUCCCUCACUUACAGGAUACACCAAGAAAAAAUUUAUCAUGAUGCCUCCAGAGGAAAAGCUCAAACACUUUGACAGCCGAGCUCAAGUCCAUGCAGACAACAAAGAGUUUGAUGUUUGCAUUCAAGAUUUAGUGCACUGUGUGGCUCUGACAAGGCUGGUAUAUGGGGAAGGACACCUGAAACUAGCCCAGGCCCAUGCAAGACUGGCUAAAGCAUACUUCCAGUUUAAAGGCUGGGGCCUGCAGGCACUCCAACAUUCAUCCUUAGCCCGAGAGAUGCUGCCAUUCAGCUCUUCAAUUUCCUCUGGACGAGGUGACAAACUUGAGGUUCUCCAAUGUCUCUUGGACAUUUGCCUCAUACAGGGAGGAGCUGGACUGCUUACAGCCACUCUAGAAGAAGCUGAAUCUGCGUAUCUGGAGGCAGAACAGAUUAUAGAGGAGCUUCAUCAAAAUGAUGGCAUCAGUCAGGAGGAGAAAAUAAGCAAUGAGCUGGAAAUCUCCAGUGGUCUCUCCAGGGUCUAUAGGAGACAGAGUAGACCAGAUGAAGCCUUAAACCAGUGUGAGAAGUCUCUGCGACUGCUAAAAGAUUGCAGCAAACCAGAGAGGAGCUGCUCUGUUUAUAGGGACAUGGCUGCCAUCGAACAGGACCAAGGUCAGAUGGACAGAGCCAUAGAGCAUCUCUCAAAGGCUCAUGCCAUUUCAAUGAGUCACGGCCCAGAGGAACUUGAAGGGGCUCAGAUCUCCCACAGCCUGGCCCUCAUCCUUUCUGCUGUAGCAGAGCCUCAACACAAUGAACGUGCAGGUGAAUACUUUGAGCAGAGUUUAAGUGGAUACAGAAGCUCUGUUGGUGCACACGAUCCAGUUUUCCUUUCUGCCCAGGAUGAUUUCUGUCGCUUUCUCCUCCUCAAUGGACAGCAACAGAGAUGUGUGGAGAUCCAGAGGGUUUCUCUUUCCUCAAAGAGAUCUGUGUUCGGUGACCUGAGUGCAGAGGUUGCAGACACCCUUCAGCUUAUAGGAAGUGUGGAGAUGACUGAAGGAAGGAUGAAGGAGGCCCAUAGGAACAUGGCAAAGUGCCUGGAGAUCCAGAGUUUGUUGUAUGGCUCUCAGCACAAGAAAACAAAAGCCACACAAAAAGCUGUGGACAUGCUGGCACGGGCACCAGAGGUGGCUGAGAGACUACAGAGGCAAGACAAAGGGAAAACAAAACCUCACACAUUUUCAUCUGUACAGAGUGACAAAGAUGGAAACUCAAUCUCUGAUUUAUGACACCCCUUGUUUAUCUGAGUGAAAGAUUUUUUUCUACAUUUUGGCAGCACUUCUUUUUGUUUUAUAGUUUUAUGUCUGUAAUCACUGCUGGAUUUGAACUUGAAUUCCUUGUAGUAUUUGACUUGACAUUAAAGAAAUACUCACACUCAAAACUACACUCAAAGAAGUUUUAAUCAUCCUUUAAAUCGGUUUCCAAAGAAGGAUUGUAUAUAAUUCAGACAGAGCAGUUAUGAUAUUUUUCCAGCCUAAAAAACUCAGUAUAAACAGUGAUGGUUGCUUUUUAUACAUUCAACAUCCUGUUUGUUUGCAGAUUCACUUUGUUUGAGAUGGCACAUUGUAUUCAGUUUGCACUGUGUACAUACAUAACAAGUAAUCAAACAAGGAACACACUUAUGCAGCUACAAUGUACUGUAAUGGCAUAUGUCAAACUUGGAAUAAGAUGAAAAAGAUAUUUCAUUUCAAUUACUGUACUUUUAGAUGAACUUCCACUUUUUUAGAAUCCAAAAUGAUCUAGUGCAUAUUAUGUGGUUGCUUGGAUCAAAUGUGCAAACAUGUAACCAGACUGUUGUCAGUUAAGACCAUAUCUAGCUCUUUGACUAGUACACAACACAACAAACCUCUGUGAACACUCAGUGCCACUAAGCUGAUGAUCCAAAAAUAGCCACAGUCAUGAACACACUGUUAUGUCGGAGUAAAGGUGAAUCCUUCAAACCACCAUUGUGAUAAAGAAAUGCAUACAAGGAAUAAGUGUUCAGACAAGACAUACAUCAAAAACAGACAUGAUAAUAAUUAGCAAUAAUCAGACUCUAUUGUUUGUAGUUCA